CCGCCGCUGCCCCCGCCUCUUCUGCUUCCGCCGCGGGCUCAGCGCGGCCGGAAGUGCAGGCCCGGGAGCGGAGCCGCCAUCAUGGCCGAUAAGAUGGACAUGUCCCUGGACGAUAUCAUUAAGCUCAACCGGAGCCAGCGCGGGGCCAGCCGAGGCGGCGGGCGGGGAGGCCGGGGCCGGGGCGGCGCCACCCGCGGGGGCGGGCCCGGCCGGGGCGGCGUGGGAGUCGGGCGGGCUGGCGGCGGCCCCGUGCGGAACCGGCCGGUGAUGGCCCGGGGCGGCGGCAGGAACCGGCCCGCGCCCUACAGCCGGCCGAAGCAGCUCCCCGAGAAGUGGCAACACGACCUGUUCGACAGCGGCUUUGGGGCGGGCGCUGGCGUGGAGACCGGCGGGAAGCUCCUCGUCUCCAACCUGGACUUCGGCGUCUCGGAUGCGGACAUCCAGGAGCUCUUUGCAGAGUUUGGGACCCUGAAGAAGGCGGCCGUGCACUACGACAGGUCCGGCCGCAGCCUGGGCACAGCCGACGUGCACUUUGAGCGGAAGGCGGACGCGCUGAAGGCCAUGAAGCAGUACAACGGGGUGCCCCUGGACGGGCGCCCCAUGAACAUCCAGCUGGUCACGUCACAGAUCGACACACAGAGGAGACCGGUGCAGAGUGUAAACAGAGGUGGGAUGACCAGAAACCGCGGCGGUUCAGGAGGAUUUGGUGGUGGAGGCGGCAACAGGCGAGGAACUCGUGGUGGGAGCAGAGGGAGAGGCAGAGGAGCCGGGAGAACUUCCAAACAGCAGCUCUCUGCAGAGGAACUAGAUGCACAGCUGGAUGCUUAUAACGCCAGGAUGGACACCAGCUAAGCGGCGCUCAGCGCUGGCGCCCGAGGACUCCGACCCGGCUCCCGGCUCCGGGGGCGGCAGCAGCCGCGGGGGGGAUUUGGUUUUUCGUUCUGGGAUAGGUUUUAACCCUGUAAAGGUUUUUUUUAAUCCUGACGCAGACCCGUUUUGUACCGAGUUAUUUUUGGGAUACAUUUUACCGGUUGCCUGUUGGGCCGAGGUGGCUUUUUCACCUUUGCCGUAAUAAACUAGACCCGUGUCUCGA